AUAAUUGCCACCACCAAUAUGGAAUAGGAUUGAAGUACUUGAAUGAAGAAUUAAAAUGGCUCGAGUUGGCAAAGAACAUAAAUGAAAAUAAUCUAGAAAUUUGCAAUGAUGAAAAUAGUUUAGCGACAGAGAUAGUUAAAAAUGAUAUGAAGACAAUGGGAUUGUUUAAGUUGUAUUUAGAACUUGCAGAGAAUGGAGAUACUCAUGCACAAUUUAAAUCAUUAUGUUAUUUUAAUGGAAAUGGUGUUGUUAAGAAUGAUAAUGAGGCUUCAAAUUGGCUUCAAAAAUCUGCAACAAAUGAGAACGUUCGAGCACAAUUUAUUCUAAGUAAAUGUUAUGAUACAUCUUUCAUUGUUUUGAAAGAAAUAAGUAUUCAACAUGAAAAAAUUAACCUAUCACAUGGACUAAAUAUUCGAGAGUAUCAAAUUGAGCAAACUACUCAACCUGCAAUAAAAUUUGAAUUUACGCCAUUGUUUACAAACAACAUCAGCAAAAGCUUGAUGCUUAGAAAAAUAACAGGCUCGGAAGUAUUUUUUCUAACACAGGGAUUAAUAAUAGACUCGAAUUCGAACUUUGAUCACAAAUUACUUAUCGACAAUGAAAUUUUUGACGAGUUAAAAACAAAUAAUAUCUAUUGUGAAAUCAUUAGUGAACAAUUGUCAAUCGAAAUCAAUAUUCAGACGCUAAAGCCAACUAGAAAAUUAAGGUUAGAAAUUCAAGCAGCACUAGAAUCAAAUACACCGAUUGAAAAUUUAAAACAUGUGUUUCAGAAUUUUGGGCAUUUUUUUCCCACAAAAAUAAUACUUGAAAUAGAAAACCUACUUGUAAAUUGGAAAGAAAAUAUUCGACAAUUCGAUCCCUCGUAUAUGAUUGAAAUGGGUGGUGAUCCAAUCAGUUUAAGUCGAAUUCCUGAAUGGCUUGAAAAUGUUUCAAAUCAAUACUCCGAAUGGCAUAUUAUAAAGCGCGUUGUCGUACCAUUAUACAAAAUUCUUGAUGAGAAUCAACAACGAGAUAUUGAAAAUCUUUUUAUAAAAGAAGAUUAUGUGUUAAUGAACAACAAAACACCGCUUUUGGACUAUAGCACUGGAUACCAACGAAUUAAGUUCGGCGGUCGAUUGAAGAGUAAUAAUUAUCAAUUGUUUGGGAUUAUUGUAACUUGCAAUGAUGAAAAAUUGGAAAAUGUCUAUGUGAGAUUUAGUUUGAAAACAGUUUGUGGAUUUUCAGUGAGUUGGCAUGAUUUUCGACAAGACUAUAUUCAAGCGAAUGAUGAGACAACUUUUGACAGUUCACAACCACAAUAUAUAUUUCAGUGGAUUUUAAUUGGUUGUCCAAGUGAAAUCGGAUAUUUCGACCUAACAACUCGUAAUAUAUUGGUCAAAUCUGGUGUUAAAGAGUCAAAACUCAAGCAUGAUACGACAAUUCAAUCGACACAGAUUGAGGUCGGAAACUCACUAUUUAACAAAAAUAUUGUUAUACUUGAUGUUGAAUAUACGCCAUUACCAACAUACCUGUUUUUCAAAACAGCAUUUGGAGAAUGGCAAGAAGAUGGAUCGUUCGCAAUACAAAUACAAGAAGAAAAGAAUAAACAUAUGGAUGAUGACUACACCAUUAAAAUUCGCUGGUGUGUUUUGAAAAUUGAUAAUCCUCAAGAACGUAUGUGGGCAGAGCUAGGCGAGCUAGGCGAAAUUUUGUAG